UGCAGCUUGGCUGCCUCUAAAGAGGCCGCGGCCAGGAAGGCUGCCACUCCAAUGCCUCCCUCGGAGUUCCUGGACAAACUGAUGGGGAAGGUGUCCGGGUACGACGCCCGCAUCCGGCCCAACUUCAAAGUGAUGAACAAAGACCCACAAGGCUCCAAAAAUGAAGCUACUCACAAGAAAGGUCCUCCUGUAAAUGUCACCUGCAAUAUUUUUAUCAACAGUUUUGGCUCCAUCGCUGAAACAACAAUGGACUACCGGGUGAACAUCUUCCUGCGGCAGCAGUGGAACGAUCCUCGGCUGGCCUACAGCGAGUACCCCGAUGAUUCCCUGGACCUGGAUCCCUCUAUGUUGGAUUCCAUCUGGAAGCCUGAUCUGUUCUUCGCCAACGAGAAGGGCGCCAACUUCCACGAGGUCACCACGGACAAUAAGCUGCUGAGGAUUUCCAAGAAUGGCAACGUGCUCUACAGUAUACGAAUAACAUUGAUCCUAGCCUGUCCCAUGGAUCUGAAGAACUUCCCGAUGGACGUGCAGACCUGCAUCAUGCAACUGGAGAGCUUUGGCUAUACUAUGAACGACCUGAUCUUUGAGUGGGAUGAGAAGGGAGCGGUCCAGGUGGCCGACGGCCUCACCUUACCUCAGUUCCUCCUGAAGGAGGAGAAGGACCUGCGCUACUGCACCAAGCACUACAACACAGGUAAGUUCACCUGCAUCGAGGCCCGCUUUCACCUGGAGCGUCAGAUGGGCUACUACCUGAUCCAGAUGUACAUCCCCUCGCUGCUCAUCGUCAUCCUGUCCUGGGUGUCCUUCUGGAUCAACAUGGACGCCGCACCUGCCCGCGUGGGCCUGGGCAUCACCACCGUGCUCACCAUGACCACCCAGAGCUCGGGGUCCCGCGCCUCGCUGCCCAAGGUGUCGUAUGUCAAAGCCAUUGACAUCUGGAUGGCGGUGUGCUUGCUGUUCGUCUUCUCGGCGCUACUGGAAUACGCUGCGGUGAACUUCAUCGCCCGGCAACACAAGGAGCUGCUCCGCUUCAGGAGACGGCGACGACACAUGAAGGAGGACGAAACUGGAGAGGGACGGUUCAGCUUCGCCGGCUACGGCAUGGGCCCCGCCUGCCUGCAGACCAAGGACGGCAUGGCCAUCAAGGGCAACAACAACAACGCGCCCGCGACGGGCGCGGCCGGCGGCGGCGGCGGCGGCGGUGGCGGGGGCGGGCCGCCCGAGAAGACGGUGGAGGAGAUGAAGAAGCUGUUUGUGAGCCGCGCCAAGCGCAUCGACACGGUGUCGCGCGUGGCCUUCCCCCUCGUCUUCCUCAUCUUCAACAUCUUCUACUGGAUCAUCUACAAGAUCAUCCGCAGAGGAUGAGGGUGUGCAAAGGGCAGUACGGCUUCGCGGGCUACGGCGUUGGGCAGCCCCGCCCCGCCCGCGGACUGAGGCUGGCAUGGCCUUUCAAGGGCAGCAGCUUUCUCAUGCCUGGUUUCAGUUUCUCUUUCAAGCCACCUCAGACUUCCUCCCCGCUCCUGCAGUGCAGCUCUGCUUCUUUUGCUUUGCGAACCAAAGACUUGUUUAUUUUGUUGUGGUUCUGAUUUUAAAUGUCAUUGCCUUUCCCGCUCUCGCUCCCCCGCCCUCCGGUGUCACGGCUGCCGUACCGACCUGAUGGUGAUGUUGAUCUUCCACCACUAGUCUGUCUCCUUCCACAGCUUCAUGGAUCACGUGCAGCCCAUUCACUGUUGCGAGGUGGUGAUAAGUUAUGUUAUAAGUUAUAUUAGUAACUGAAGGUUCCUCUUUUAUUUUGCGUUUUUUUUAAUGGGACAACAGAUUGUGGUUGGGAAAAGAGUUGAACAAAGUCAUGUCAUUGUUAAUAUGUGAAAUUAGUAUUCUGUUUCCAACGUAUAGGGGUGUUAUUUUUCUUUCAUCCUUUUCAUUUGUUAUUUUUCUAAUUUGUUAAGUUGUGCUGAUUUGCUAGAAAAAAACUUUUUUAUUUGCAUAUAAAAAAACACAAUUAAGACUAUUUAUAGCUGUAUGAACUAGUGCUCAAUAACACUCCUUGGGUGGAACGAGAAAGAAAUCAUAUAUAUAUAUAUAUAUAUAUGAAAAAAAAGUUUAAUUUAUACUUGCUCUGUGCCACACAAGACAGGAUUUGCCUCGAUAUAAAUGUAUAUUUUGCAUCGGUUCCCCUGUAGCAUGUAGAAGUUACCCCAAGGGCUAAGCCACAUGCUAGCAUAAGACCCAUUAGCCACGGGAAGCUAAGCUAACCCACAUUCCAGCAUUACAAACUGGGGAGGAAGAUG